AUGAAGUGUAAGUGUCCCAUGGCGUAUAUUGGUAGCAAUGCGACAAGACUGACGAUUCUCUAGUCCUCAAGGUUGGCCGAGUGGUACGUUGAACCAGCGCUGCGAAUAAGUACACAUCGAGCAUAUCCUAACACAGUCCAAAUUGCAGGCCAUCAUUUCGCGCGGUCGUUACGCCGGCAAGAAGGUCGUCAUCGUUCAGCCUCAAGACAACGGUAGCAAGAAGCACCCCUUCCCCCACGCGAUCGUCGCCGGUAUCGAGCGCUACCCGCAACAAAUCACCCGCCGCAUGUCGAAGACCCGCCAGAACAAGAGAAGCAAGGUCAAGCCGUUUAUCAAGGUGGUCAACUACAACCACCUCAUGCCAACUCGCUACACUCUGGAGUUGGAGGGAUUGAAGGGCGUCGUCACCAACGAGACUUUCACCGAAGUUACCCAGCGUGAGGAGGCGAAGAAGACUGUCAAGAAGGCGCUCGAGGAGCGCUACGUGAGUGGAAAGAACCGCUGGUUCUUCACGCCUUUACGUACGUAUACCAUUGGAUGCAAGAGCGGUGAUACAGUUGGGACGAAGUGCUAACAGUGGGACAGGAUUCUGA